AUGAGCUUCGUAUCGCGCCAGACAUGCACUGUGUCAGCACACACAGGACAAAACAGCGCUCUUCGCACCUCACGCACACUCGCAGAGCCGACAGGAAGAUAGACAGACAGAUAGAUACACGGACAGAAAACGCACACACACAAAACACGGAAAAAGCGACGACUUCCACCACAUACAACCUUUUAACCAUUCACUCAUUCGGUCUUGCCCCUGCCCCCCGGCCACACCACCCUCCCCACAACGUCAUACUUUGACUCGAACUUGGUCUCCCAGUCGGCCAGUACCUGCUUCUCGCUCGCCGCCAAGUCAUCCCAGUCGGUCCGGUUCAUCUCGGACGCCUCGAACGACAUGCGCGCCAGGGCGCGGGAGGCGUCCUUGCCGGCGAAGCAGUUGUAGCCCGCACCGGGGCCGUAGAAAUCACGGCCGCUGGGGUGGCUCGUCAUGUCAAACACCUUCCCUGUCACACACACAUGGGAAGCACAGACACAUACACAGGGAGGACAGGACAGAUCCAUCUAUUCAUCCAUGUGUGUCUGCUCACCUCUGACUGCAAUGUAGAUGGGCCGCCCGUCCCUCCCGUCAUACUGCGAGAGCUCCUCGAGGCUGAAAUCCUUCGGACACGGAUCUGGCUUGGGCGGCUUGACGAAGGGCCUCUCCUCCUUCCCUAUCGAUGGCUCCAUGCCAGCAAAGCCCGCUCCUUUGCCCUUCAUGUAGAGGAAGAUGGCGAGGCAGGCGGCGCCGCCCACCGCUGCUGCGCCGAGGAAAGCAACGCUCGGUGAUUGCAGCCACUCCAGCAACUCAUCCAUUGCGAUGAAAAGGUGCCGACGAGCGGCGACGAAGCGCCGCAGUGUUGGUUGUGC